AUGGCGAUGAUGAUGACUGGCCGUGUGCUGCUGGUGUGUGCCCUCUGCGUGCUGUGGUGUAGUGCCGGCGGUGGUAGAUGUGGCGAGGAGAUCGCGAAGGAUCCUGUUGGUGCAAACGAUGCUCCUGGGAAUCUUGGUGAAGAUGAAACGGAAAAAGCAGAACCUGCGGCGCUGGGACACGGAGACUUAGGUUUAAAUCCAGAAACAACAAAAGAUGUAUCACAAGGCGGACCUUCAGAAAAACCUUUGGGAGGAACAGGUGGAGGUGCUGUGGAGAAUGACGAAGGUCUUUUGAGUUCUGGAAGGGGGGAUGAAUUUAAAUCGCCUUCACCAGAAGAAGAACCCCCAGAAACCGAUGAUCCGGGAAAAAGAAUAGAAGAAGAAGAAGUGGAAUUGCGACAACGAAGAAAUGAAGAAAAAAAACUAGAAAAUCAGCCACAACUGCAAGUACCAGUGGCACAACAGGAACAGAGCGCACUACCACAACCGCCACAAUCAAUGCAACAGCCGUCACCACCGCAAGAACAACCACGGCAACAAAAACAGCAACCGCCUCAUGAGCAUCCCGCAGACAAUGAACAAGAAUCCAAGAAGAAUAAAAAUGCCGUUUUUGCAAAUAAAACCGAAAAUGCACAAGACAGUGACGGCAGCACCGCGGUCACCCACAUCACCUUCCCUGUUUUGCUUCUUCUUCUUCUUGUUGCGGCUGCUGCUGCGGUGGUGGCCGCGUAA